AUGGCCGUCACAUCUCCUCGCAGCAUUGCACGAGAUGGAUCGAAUAAACCUGCGCAGGAUGAGAGAUCUCCACUAGUCUCCGUGACCGAGACUUCAGAACAAGCAGAAGAUCACCGCGUUGACAACAGCGGCGAGCGCGAGUUUGGCGGUGCAGUAGGAGUAAGCUGCAUGAUGAUUGGCUUUCCUCUUCUCAUGUAUUACAUGUGGCUCGGAGCCACCUUCUACUCCGGCCACUUUCCCUCUCGCACCCCUGGCCAAUCCUGGAAUGACUUCUUCUCACACCUCUGGACUCUGUGCUACGAACAUGCUUUCCCUCACCUCAAAGCCUGGACCAUCUACUGGACUUUUCUAAUCUUUGAGGGAGCCUGUUAUCUCUACAUGCCUGGUGUCUAUGGUAAAGGCAAGAGACUACCCAGUCUAAACAACAAACAAUUGGAGUAUUACUGCUCUGCAGUGUGGAGUUGGUAUACCACCAUCAUUCUGGCCAUUCUACUUCACGUCUCUGGAGUCUUCCCUUUGUACACCAUUAUCGAUGAGUUUGGUUCCAUUAUGAGUGUGGCCAUCAUUUCUGGUUUCUUGGUAUCCAUUAUUGCGUACAUUUCUGCACUGGCUAGGGGUGCUCAACAUCGGNACAUGUACUUUGAANAAUGGGGCUUCAUGCUCAUCUUCUGGAACCUCGCGGGUGUACCUCUAUCCUACUGCCACUGCACCUUGUACAUCGCCAACCACGACCCUUCGGAGUACCACUGGAACCCUUAUCUCUUGACUCUGCUGUUCGUUACCUAUCUGUUCGUCUACUGGAUCUGGGAUACAGCAAACAGUCAGAAAAACAUGUUUAGAGCACAGGAACGCGGUGUGGAGUUGGAUCGGAAGACAUUCCCACAAUUGCCGUGGAAAGCAGUAAAAAAUCCUGUCAGCAUCAAGACUAAGACUGGAGAUUCGAUUUUGUGUGAUGGGUGGUNNGUAAACGCCAGAGCACGCAAGAUUCACUACACUUGCGAUCUCUUCUUUGCGCUUUCAUGGGGCGCAAUCACCGGUUUCGACUCCCCGUUCCCAUGGUUCUAUCCUUUGUUUUUCGCUUGUAUGAUUGUGCAUCGCGCUAUCAGAGAUAUCCAAAAGUGUAGAGAAAAGUAUGGGGAUGCGUGGGUCGAGUAUGAGAAGAGGGUUCCUUGGUUGUUCAUUCCGUAUGUGAUUUGA